CACUUCAAGUGAAGUCAACAAGACGCUCAGUGUGAUUUAAAUAAAACGUAAAAAUAAAAACUCAAUUUCUAAUAACUUUAAUUAUUAAUGAUUAUUUUAUUUCUAAUAAUAUUACCCCAACAAGUUACUUACUUACGUAAUUGGUUUUUUUGUACUAGUUAAGGAAUAUUUCAGUCUACUGUACAUCAUGAGCGGCAGGGUAAAAAAACCCGCGGCACCAAGAAAAAAGGCCAAUGCAUAUAAAAUGCCUGCCCCUAUACCCCUCGGAGAGGUGCUCACAGAUACGGUCUUCAAGAAAAAAUGGCGCAUAGGCCCUUCCAUAGGUGUUGGCGGCUUUGGUGAAAUAUACUCCGCCUGCGACCACAACAGUUCACCCAAAAAGGGUGGGAGCUACCCCUAUGUGAUAAAAAUUGAGCCCCAUGAAAAUGGACCACUGUUUGUGGAGGUACACUUCUAUGUCAGAAACUCAAACAAAAAUGAUGUUGCAAAUUUCAUGAAGGACAACAAGUUAUCAACGCUGGGCAUGCCUUUGUACCACGGACACGGUUCUCAUGUGUACAAGGGAGAGAAAUAUCGGUACCUAGUGCUGGAGCGAUACGGCCAGAACAUAUGGAACCUCUUCCUGGAGCACGGACGGCAGAUGCCACCACACACUGUCUUCUUGUUGGGCUUGCAAAUGCUAGACGUGCUACAAUACAUACACAGUCGAGGCUAUGUCCACGCGGACCUGAAAGGCGCGAACAUCCUGCUUGGUCUGAAGAAGGGCUCAGAGCAGCAGGCUUACCUGGUGGACUUCGGCCUCGCUGCGCGCCUCAAUGACAAGGAGUUCAAGCCCGACCCGAAGCGGGCACACAACGGCACCAUUGAGUAUACAAGCCGGGAUGCGCACAUAGGAGUCCCAACAAUGCGGGGAGACCUGGAGAUCCUGGGCUACAACAUGCUGCAGUGGCUGGUGGGGAAGCUGCCCUGGGAGAGCCUCAAGUCGCCCGAUGCGGUGCAGGCCAUGAAGGAGGCCUUCAUGAAGAAUGUGAGGAAGGAGAUCGCCAAACUCUCUGCCAAUGUACCUGAAGCUAUCAUAAAAUUCUUUGAAUACAUAAACACACUGAAGCCCAAAGAUAAAGUAGAUUACGUGAAAUGCAAGCAAAUACUGGAGAGCUACCUGAAGGCGCAGGGCGUCGCCGUGGGCAGCAAACUGGAGUUUGUCAACAAGAAGAGGAAAGGGGACGAUGUUGACACUAGUACUGAGAAAAGUACUGGAAAGGUACUUAAAAAGAAAAACACCACAAAAGAAAAUGGCGACGUCAAAGCAACGAAGCGAGUGCGAAAGACUAAAGCAGUGGUGGAGGAAAACAGUGAAAAUGAGGAGCCUGAGCUCGUCAAACCCGACAAGAGAGGAAAGGCGAGGAAAGCUGAGCCGGUCUCACAGGAAAGCAGUGAGGAUGAAGAAAAUACGAAUACAGCAAAAGCGAACAGUCCUCGCAAACCUAUAGGCAGAGCCAAGAAGAGAAAGUCGAGCGAGCCGUCAGUGGUGGUUAAGGUUAAGAAAACAAAAAUGGCGCCCAAAGCGACGCCGCCCGUCAAACAGAACCACGUCAACAUCGCCACACAGACCUCCGGACAGAAAUGUAAACGGAGUCCCAGACAGGUGUCAUUCGACAGUCCCAUCAGUGAAGUCAUAGGCGAGGGCUCCAGAAACGGCAGAGACAAGUCGGCUAACUCUAGCGGCGACAUAUUCGACGACUCCUUCGUCAUAGAGGAGAAGAAGGUGAAGCCGAAGAGGAAGCUGCUCUCGCAGCAGGAGGUCACCGUCAAGAGGGUGGUGAAGAAGAAGGUGACCUCCGUCAAACCCAAAGCCAAGUCGUGGAAGGACUCCUCGACUAUAGUCAAUGGGAGGUCACCACCCAAAUAGUGAAGUGUGUGCCAUACUUUGUGUACUUAAUAUUCAGAUUUACAAUAAUAUCAGCCCUUGUAGCCAAGUGGAAUAUCGAUUCUCUUUCUACGAUCGCAAACGCUUCGAAAACUAGAAAAAUCUAUGGGAAUGAUGUUUGCUAUCGAAAGUUCACGUGAUCAAGAUCUGUCAUUCCCAUACAUUUUUAAAUUUUCGAAGCGUUUGCGAUCGAAGAAAAAGAAUCGACGUACCACUUGGCUACAGGGGCUGGUUGGGUUUCACCACCUGAUGGAUUGGUCUAAGAUCCAGCAUUAGAAAUAUAUACCCUCAUCUGUUAUUCUAACUAAUGUUUAGUAAUGUAAAGAUUAUGUUUGUGUGUUUGUUUAUAUGUUUGUUUGUGUAAUCGAGCUAAUCUCUAAAAAUUGUGUAAGCUCGGGAGUAUUUUCCGUAACUUCAAGGUGUUGACAAGCUCACCUAUAAGAGCCGAACUGCAUAACUAAUUUUUUUUAACUAAAAAAACUUUUUAUAUUUUCAUGCAAAGUAAUUUAAACCAUUCCGACUAUCCAUGUACACGCAUUUAUCUAUCCUUGCAUUUAAAAAUACGUAAUCGUAGUGGUGAGACUGUUGAUAUUGAAACUGGUACUCCGCACUUUACUAGUAAGCUACUUCAUGAUAUUUAUCAAUGAAUAAGUUUGGCUAGGUCAUAAUAUAAGGAUAAUUACAAAAGAAAUAUUUUUUACUCCGAAAAUAUUCAUUUUAGAACACGUGUUCCUUAAAGUCAAAGUCAAAAUUCAUUUAUUUCAAAAAGGCUUAGUUUACAAGCUCUUUCGAAACGUCAGGUAAUAAUAUUAAACUCAAGAUAAUGGUGAUAAUAACUAUUCGAAAACUUAAAAUUACAGUUACGGGGUUCCAAUCGCGUCUUGGUCCGAGAAGAGCCCACAACAAACUCGGAGACAUUUUUAAUUAAUUUUCCGUAAAGAAUUAUAUAACCUUAGAGUUAUGAGAAGUACUCCCGAGCACCCUGUAUAGUGACAGCCAAACUCAUAGGGAGUGACAGUCUUUUACUAUAAAUAGGAGGGAGGAAUAGGAGUAGGAAUUUUGUACGAAAGUUUUACAAAUACAAAUACAAUCCUUUAUUUGCUGAUACAGUUUACAAGGUCAGGUUUUCUUUUCAAAUUCAAAGCUCAGAGGUACUCGUGUUACAACUUGCAUGUUAAGUUUUCAAAUCAAAUCAAAAAUCAUUUAUUUCAAGUAGGCUCAGUUUUCAAGCACUUUUGACACGUCAGUUGACUAUUUGUAAAGAUUCUACCACCGGUUCGGAAGGCAGGUUCUGCUGAGAAGAAACUGGUAAGAAACUCAACAGUUGCUCUUUUUAAAAAAAUCAUACAGUAUUAUAAUUUACAAUUGAUGAUAACAUUACAAUUUUUAAUAGUUUUACUUUUUGUGUGAUGGUGGAAGCUGAUCCAAUGGCCUCCAAGCGCUUUUAUCUUUAAGGGACUCCUUCCUUUUCUAGUUUGUUUACUAGUAUCACUACAUUUGUUGGAUGUAUGUUUAUAAUUGUUUAUGAUGAUUAAAGUUAUAAUAGAUAGCUUGAAUAGAACAGUUCCUAAACAUUAAAGUUGACCCUUAAGGACUAAAUUGAAUGAUAGGUUUAUUAGUUAUUGGAUAUGGAGAAAGAAAGGAGAAGAAACGUUGGAUAUAUAGGAAAUAUAAAAAUUGUAGCCAGCGAAGGGAUGAUGUAGGAAUUCUACCACAUCUAUUAGUAGAAGUAGAAUUUUUGUGACAGAGUUAGUCCAGGGAAUAUUGGAAUCAAAAUCUAAACGAAAUAAAUAAAGUCACCAAGCGUUGCAGAGCUAUCGAGCUUGCUCGUCGAGCAUGUUGGGCAGUCGAAAAGCUGGGACUUAACAAUUGUACAAUUUGUGUAGCAGUGUGUAAUACACUGUUGCAUUGCCAUAUAUUUUCUACCCACCAAAUGUUUAAAACCUGUGCUUUACCAAAAUACACUGAAACCGUAAAAUUUGUCUUUUUGUCUGCUUCAAAUCAAGUUAUGGCAACAGCCUUUUUACGUUAAAGCUUAUUUUGUUAUCAUUUUAUAUAAUAACUUUCUUCUUUGAAAUUGUUUGCAAAUAUCGCUCGUUUGUACAUAAAAUUAGUUGCUUAAGCGUAUUUUUCUCUUUUUUCAUUUUUCACUUUUGCUUUGAAGCAGUCUCUAAAUGUUAUAUGAUGUUAGGAUGCCUGCACACAGUCAAAUAUAAAUAAACAAAUGAAUGCCUAUGUCAUAUUUUUAUUGUAGAGUUAGGCUAAUGAAAGUAGAAACUGAAAUCAACCCAAAAAAAAAUCGAAGUAUAUUCUGAAAAUUAUAGUGCAAAUAUUGGCAUAACUGAGUUUAAUACUUAUUUAUAGGUAGUAAUUUAAAAUAAUUAUGAAAACGCAUGCUUUUUUAAUUCGUUUAAAUGAUUUUUUAAAUUUAACGGGUGAUUUCAGACUACUUUUAUUAGCCAAACUCUACGCAUUACGACGAGAUACUUAUUUACCCAUUGCUACAGACGUGCAGUUUGUGCAGUUGUUAAUUAUAGUUUUUUUCUGUUGAUUCUGAUUUAAAUUUCGAUUAGAUAAAACUUUACAGUUAAAACUGAACGUCUGUAGUGCAGGGCAACCUCAUCGUACAUAAAUAAUAUAGUUGAGUGUGUGCGGGCAACAUUAGUAAAGUAAAUCCUGUCUGGAUUAUUGCUGGGAGACAGCAAAUUAUAAGUUGUUAUACCAAUUACAUAUUAAGUUUUUAAAAUACUUAUUGAUAAUAAUUUGUUCAGUAUUGUGAAAUGAAAUGAAUUUAAAAAAAAUCUUUUAUUGCAUUUCAUUAUAAUUAAUUAGAAUUUUAGUAUUAUAAUAUCAGGUUAAAAACUAAUAUUUGAAUACAAGGUAAGUUCUUUGAAAGAAGUCCGUACAUGGGAAGGGAAAAUUAAAUGAAUUAAUUUUAUAAUAAUACCAUUAAUGAUAGUUUCAAUUUCUCAUUUUUAAUGUUAAUGUUAUUGCAUUUUAAUUUAUUCAUUUAUUGAAAUGAAUGUAUUUGCUCAUGUUGAUUUCCAUGUUGUAUUUGUAACUAUUUAUAUACUGUAAAUUAAACUGUAUUUUUAAAAA